GUCUAGAGAGAGUUUCUGUCGCUCCCGGCAGCCAUCUUUUUGGGAGCAUAGAUUAUCAGUUUACAUUAGAACAAGUGGUUCUAAAGCCAGUGAAGCUGACGGAAACUGAAUGUCCAACGUGUCCAACGACAUUUUGAAUCUUGAAACAUUCGAGAAAAGUUGCUGAAGUCGGCCUGUGCUUAAGUGACGUACAAAUUCGAAAGCUACGUUUCAGCUAACAGUCGCGUGCUCUCUUUGACUGACAGAGCUCGCUCGGUGCAGGUGCCGUGACAGCAGCAGGGAGAGCGCUUCGACCGACGUUCAACACCGCUUUUAACGGCUGCUGACAUCAAUAUUUUAUCCAAACCACUGAAUGUCAACUGCCCUCAACAGACAAACGCUGCUACAAAAUAAGGUCUCCAGGUUUAAGUCUGCAGGUGACUCACCAUGGUGCAUGAGAAGAAUGACGGAAUAAACAAAGCCAUGGUCCUUCCAUCUCUUCAACAGAAUAGACCCGCUUUGUCGUGGGAAGUGAAGAUCAAGAAAAAGCUGAAGAUGGUGCCUCCCUGUCUGGGCAAGUUCAGACCCAUUGUUGGCCAGUGCUGCCACCAGUGCACCCCAGACAGUCUGAGCAAGAAACUUGGACAAAACUCCAUGCUUGGCUUCCUCAACCUUCUUAGUAUCAAUGAGACACAUACCAGGUAUCGAGGCUGGCUGGUGCGGAGGAUUUGCUGCCUGCUGUUUGUGAGUGGCUGUAAGGUUUACACAAGCCCAGUUUGCAACAGACUGGAGAGAGUCCGUCUAAGCAACAGAGUAAAGGAGGCACUCACAGCUAAGAAUAAAGCACCUGAGGGGGGAGACAGCCAGGAGCAGACUGGCAUCCUCUCACCAUUCCUCCCCCUUAUUAACACCUGCAUCAGCCCUGGCCUCUUACGAUUCGUGGGCUGGUUGAUGCUGAAGAUGUUUCCCUCCAGAUUUGACCGUAUCCAAGUUAACCUCGACCAUCUGUCUGCUUUGCAAAGAGCCUCACAAGAGGGAUCUCCGCUGGUUUACGUGUACAUGCAUCAGAGCAUCGUGGAUUGUGCUCUUAUCCCUCUGGUGCUCUUUUGUCGCAGCCUGAGAGUCCCAUAUACCAUUUGUCCUCACAGAAUUGACAGCUCUUUCCUGAGAUCUAUCCUGCAGAAAGUGGGUGUGGUCCUCCUGCCAUCUUCUGCACUGACUGAAAAGGAGGCUGGGACAGACUGUGUGUACUCAGCUGUCAUGACUUCUCUGCUAUGUGAACUGCUACGUGAGGGCCAGGCGAUAAGUGUUGGUGUGUCAGUAGAGAAUGGCCGAGGGGGCCAGUGGCUGGCUUACAUCAGACAGCUCAUCAAUGAAGGAUCCGUCCCUGAUGUCACUGUGGUCCCUGUGGGCAUUUCCUACGACUGUGUGCCUAAGACAAAUGUACAGGUUGGCCUAAGGUCUAUGUUCCGGUGGCUGUGGUCUGUUCUCUGGAGGAGACCAGGAGGAGGUGUAAGGAUCCAUCUUGCUCAGCCUUUUUCUCUCAAGGAGAUGUGUGAGUCAGGGAAGUGCACAGUUGAUGAAUGGCUCCCUCUACAGGACCUGUUGCUGCCUGUGAUCCUCAACAACAGAACUGAGUGUGUGUUCGGACGGAGAAAGAUGUUGUGGCUCUUGCCUUCUGAACUCCAAGAGCCAGCUCAUCCACAGAGAGACCUCAGCAUUGCCAUCAUCCUCCACCUCAUCUUCUCUGCCACUUCCUGCAUGGCUGUGAUGUCCACAAGUCUGGUGGCCAGUCUUUUGCUUUACAAACACAGCAAGGGUGCGAGUGUAUCUCAGCUGUGUCGUGAUGUGGUUUGGCUCACGGAGGAGCUCUUGUUCAGGAACAAAGAUGUCGGAUUCAGGGGGAGUUUAGUCGUGGUUGUCCUCUACGCCCUCUCGCUGCUCACCCCUCAUGUCAUCAUCGCUGCAGUGCCGUCUAGAAAAGAUCCUUUCAUUGUGCCCCGUCCCUCUCUUUCUGCCACACUUCACCUCACCGUCCAGGCCCAGAUUGUCACACAGACCUUUAUUUUAGAAGCUGUUGGUGCGUGCGCGGUGUCGGCUAUGCUGUGUGAGGUUGCCCGCAGCGGCGUCAGCAGCAGGGUGAGGAGCAGCGGCGUGGACGGAGACGAGGUGAAAGGUGACAUGGAGUUCGAUGUGGCGCUCUGCCAGUCUGAGCUGACAGAGAGAGCCCUGCAGCUCUGCCAUCUCCUUCCUCCAGGCGUUAUGCCACCGUGUCAGUCAUCCCAAAGCUUUGCUCUGGACGCCGUUGACAGCCUGGUGCGCUGCGGAAUCCUGAUCAUGGAAGAAAUUCCCCGGGAUGUUCCCAUCUGUGACUUCUGGAAGAGGGAGGGUACUCUGACCUGGACCACCACAGAUGACCCGUAUCAUAGCGACUCUGACUGUGAGGAGCAGGACCUGCGCUCCUACAAGAUAAGCCAACCGAGUCAGUGUCCAGAGAUGCUCUUCUUCCUCUGCAGUAUGCUGGCUGGUCAUCUGAGGACGCUGUGCUGGACAGUCACCGGGCUGGAUCUUUUCCACACACCACUGCCAGAAGCAGAGUUUGUGGCUCAGGUGCAUGCCUAUCUGUUUGACAGAGCAAAAACGAAGAAGCAGAACUACGAGAGCUGCUCAGAGGAGGCUGCACACACUGCAGUUAGAACACUAAUAGACCUGGGGGUCCUUUUGGAGGAGCGUCAGGAAGAAGGCGUCUUCCUCGGUAUCACUCCUUUGUUCCAGUUGUCAGAAAACAGGCAGAAACUGCAUGGCUUCAUCUCACAGUACCUCUACAAUUAAUGUGUUUAAGCAAGCAGCAUGACUUGUACCCUCUGCUUAGGUUUAUUAGAGUCUGACCUCAUCCUUUGUUUGUAUCACAGAGACUCAUGUUCAGUGUUAAAAAAAGAUGCAUGCUGAGCCGAAGAUGCUCGUGCCUUUAGGUUAAUUGCAUUUUGAUUUUUCGGUGAUGAGACAUUGAUUUUAAGUUUAUCUUUAGCAAUAGUAUUAGCAUAAAGCCACAGGAGACAAGGAUUAUGAAGUCCCUGUAAUCAGUGCGAAGAUUCUGCUUGCUACAACUCAAGUUUCGACCAUGUUAUGUUGUCAUAAAAGUUGUUUGUGAUGUGGACAUUUAGGUUAAGAGUGUUUUUUCCUAAUUAUUGUUAAGUUGAUCAGUUACAGUUAACCAGUGUUUGCAAUGCCAUUAAAAUUACCUGCUUCUUUCAUCA